GAACCGUGUCCAGCCCUAGUUUUAGAGGGAAAAUGUAUCGUUAUCGUCGAGAAACUUUCACCGGAACUGCUUUCAAUUCUAAUUUGUUAACAGUGCCGAUCGAAGGUUUUUAUCUGAGGAGACAUUGCAGUAGAAACUGGUCGUCUAUUGGCUGAUUUUUGUGGAAGUUCUGAACAUUUUGUACGAAAAUGCCAAGGUCCAAGAAGAGAAGCAACCGAGGGGGACAGCAGAGAGCUGUGCAGCCUUUCAGCGAUGAGGAUGCCUCCAUCGAAACGCUCAGCCACUGCAGCAGCUUCAGCGACUCGGUCAGCGUCGCGGACGAAGGAGGGGAGCUGGGUGAGGACGUGGCCCUCGAGGACUUCCAGUACAAACUGAAGGGCUUUAUCGACAGUACAGUGGAUAAAAGUGCUAAAACCAGGCAGAGUGCUUUAGAUGGACUGAAGGCUGCCAUGGCAACCAAGAUCAUGUACGAGUUCAUUCUGGAGAGGAGGAUGACCAUCACCGACAGCAUAGAGCGUUGCCUCAAGAAAGGCAAGGGGGAGGAGCAGCGGGCGGCCGCCUCCCUGGCUUGCCUCCUCUGCAUUCAGCUGGGCUCUGGGAUCGAGAGCGAGGAAGUUUUCAAGACCCUCAAGCCAAUCUUUAAGAACAUCCUCACUGAUGGAGCUGCCAACAUCCAGGCCAGGCAAGCAUGUGCGACAAGUUUGGGAAUCUGCAGUUUGAUUGCGGAAGAUGAUAUCUUGGACGUGUACGCCACCAUGGAGUGCUUUGAGAGCCUGUUCAGCAGGUCGUAUGCCAAGGCGGACGGGAGUCGCUCCACCUUCAGCCCCCAGAUUACCGUGCUCCACAUCCACGCCCUGCUAGCCUGGGCCCUGCUACUCACCAUCUGCCCCGGCACUGAGGUCAAGGCCAUUCUCAGCAAGCACCUGCGGAAGCUCCCGAGCCUGCUGGAGUGCGAUGACGUGAACAUGAGGAUCGCCGCGGGAGAGACCAUCGCCCUCCUGUUCGAGCUGGCCAGGGACCUGGAUGCGGAGUUUGAACCUGAAGACCUGGAGCCUCUGUGCGUGAAGCUGAAUGCCCUGGCCACCGACUGCAACAAGCACAGGGCCAAGAAUGACAAACGCAAGCAGAGGUCCGUCUUCAGAGACGUGCUGCGGGCUGUGGAGGAAGGAGACUUCCAAACGGAGACGAUCCGAUUCGGGACGGAGCGUAUGGACAUCGACAGCUGGGUCAGGAAGAGGACGUACGACGCCUUCCGGGAAUUCGUCGGGUCUGGAAUGAACUACCAUCUGCAGGCGAAUGAUUUCAUCCGUGAUGUGUUUGAGCUUGGUCCUCCAAUGAUGGUCGAUUCGGCGACACUGAAGGCAAUGAAAAUCUCCCGCUUUGAGAGGCACCUGUACAACGCAGCUGCAUUUAAAGCUCGAACGAAGGCCAGGAGCAAGUGUCGGGACAAGAGGGUGGACGUCGGAGAAUUCUAGACAUUUGGCUAACUUUUUAUCUCAUUAAAAACCAUUUUAAAAAAUGUAUAUUAGUAGUAUUGAAUUAACUUAUCUAUUAAACUAUCUAGUUGUCUAUUUAAUAUAUCUAUUGAAUUAACUUCCUGUGGCUUUUUAUGUAAAUCAUGAAUAUUGUUUUGUCACUUUAAAUAAUUGUAUCCUUGAUUAAAAGUAUAAUAUUGUAAUUUGCAUUUAACUGAUGAAUAUUUUCACAAAAUGUUGUUUCCUGUACUUCAGUAUGUAUUUGUUACUUUUGGGAUUGAGGGAGGGAGGGUACAUUUCGUAAUAAAUAUGAAUUGACUGUAUUCUGUGU